AUUCCUUUCGUUCUCUUUCAUUGCUCAGAUUGCGGAACUCAAAGUCUGGUGCAAAGCUAGCUUUAUCCUUUUUCUUUAAUUUACGAGGUAAGUUUUGUAGUUCUCAACCUUUCAAUCACACACUACUACUGAUUAACUGAUGUUUUUUACUUAAUCGUGCUGUAGUUAAUGUCAGAGAUGUAAGGGAGCUCAUGCUUGUUGUUGGGACCGCCAAGGAAAGUCACAGCACUAGUUGACGUGGUACUUCUGUACUUCCUUCUGGUAUAUUAUCUGCGAAGCCUUCGAACCUAAGGUUGCCAUUAUUUCGCACGUUUAAAUUUGAGCAACUACUCCUGUUUUAAAGGGGGUUCUGUUUUAUAGCUUUUGAACGCAAGAAAUUGUUUCUAAAAGGGGCUUUCUUCAUCUGCAUGCUGAUGAAAAUGAACUCAACGUUAUGUACUCUUUGAGGGCAAACCCGUGGUGGGGUUGUAGUCUGUACAAAAGAAAAACGAAAACCCGCUCAAACCGUAAAAGCGCAAUAGAUUUUGGUCAAAAUCGAAACCGAAGGACAUAUUACGGAAGACACAAUCACACCAUCCAGAAUUUAAUUGCGUGACCUACUAUGACAAUGAGCGACUUACAACAAAUUUAACUGUUGUGAAAGUGACCUCCCCGUCUGAUUACUGUGUUUAUAUGGGAAAAAUAAAAAAAUGGAAAAAAUAUUGCUUUAUGUUGGCUUCUUUACCGCAAAAGUAAAUUUAUUUUAGUUCUUUGCUACACGAUAAGGCAAGAUAAAGUAAAUACUUUCCCGACAAUCGGCAAAUUCAUUUCGAGAUCGGAUCUCGAUACGUUUACCAGUCCGGAAUAUCCCUAAAUUUAAGGACAGGGCGAACUAGUCACGCGUCACUGUUCAACCAAUGAGAAGGCGCGCUUGUGUUAAUCAAAACAUCAACGGAGUUAUCAAAAAUUUUUCCGACAAUGGCGGACGGAGGCGGACAGAUUUUAACAUAAGCUUACAGUACUCGUCUAGGUUUCAUAUUAUUUCAAAGAAAACAUGUGACGUAAGAGAAUAAGAGUAUUAUUCAUUGCAAGGAAUUUUGGGGGUGUUCGAAUAUUCCGGACCGAUCGCAGAGGUUGUGGCUUCACUGGACUGGCAUGGCUUGCAAGAUUUUUGAUACAAGCAAACCGUCCCCGUGUAAAAGUAGCCGUAGAGAGUCAGUGUAUGAAAAUUUUUUUUUGAGAUCGUACAAAACAGGAGUGGUACCACCUACAGCCAAGGACAAGAAUCAAAGAGGCCAGUCAUCAUAACAAGAAUAAAAAGUCGUUCAAAUUUAUUCAUUUUUCUUGUUUGUUUGUUUUUUUUGUGUGUGUUGUUUCGUGUUGACUUCACGCAUCUGGUGCUUUCUUUGCUUACUGUGGUACCUGCAAGGUUUUAAUUGUAACUCAGAUUUUCAGUGUUUAAUGAGUUGCGAAAUACAUCAUUUACAGUUAAAAUUUGCCUUCUUUCUUUGAUUUUUUUUAUCUGUGGGUGAGAAUUUGGAGAAUUCAACAGUAAUAAAUUUUUCCACAUUUGGUGAAUUUCAAAAACAAGGCGGUUAGUAUCUAUCUUGUGCUUAUGAUCUUUAAAUUCGGAAAAGUGAGCUGAGAUGUUGAACGUGAGUAUCCAUAAGACUAAACGUUUACGUUGUAAAUAAAAAAGCAGAGGCUCGUAUUAAUGGGCAAAAAAAGAGUAAUAACACGGCUCUGCCUAGCCUGCGAACCGCAGACGUAUUUCUGGUCGUCGGUUUUUCUCGGCGAGUGAAACUAGUAAUUGGAGCCGAAAAAAGCGAAUGCUCUCGCAGGCUAGGCUCUGCCAUGUCUGCGUGAAACCCGAAAGCGGAACACGUGUUUUGGACCUCGGAAUUCAAAAAUUGUCUACCAAAAUUCUAGGUUGUCUACCAUUCCCACAUUCAACAUGAUAAAAGUUAAUCGAAAUGACAAUCGAGGAAAAAUAUCUAGAACUUCGUCAAAAAUCCUCGACUACAAAAAAUAAUAGAUACUUGUUCACCUACCUUGCAAACCGACCAAAAUCUCGCCUACAUCGCGUUGUUUAAAAGAAGAAAUAAGCCACAAAAUGUGCUGAAUAUUUGACGAGGCACUCCCAAUAUGGCUUCCGAUACGCCACUUAAAAAAUUGCUACCCACUUAAAAAAUAGUGCACGCCUUAUGAAAAGUCUUCGAAAUAUGCUUGAGAGCCUCGAAACGGUGAUAAGUGCUUGUUUUUUCCAAAAGAAAGCACUUUCUUUCUUUCACGAAAGAAAGCGCCUUCUUUUCCAAAACUUGAUAUGCGAAUUCCCUUUAUCUUUGGUCGGUGUUCGCAUCUAUUGAAUGAGAAUGUCUCUGAAGCUAUCGUGUGGCGCUCUUUUCAAUGCCAUCCUCAAAAGAUGGUGGGAUGAGUAGCAUUCAGGAUGUUUCUCUUCACUUUAUGUUUAAGUUUAAACCGUUUCAUAAGUGUUUUCUCUCCCAAAAUGUGAAUGUAAAGCUCUCUCCGUUUAAUUGUCAUUGCAGUAAGCCUUUUGCAUUACUUGGUCACGUGAUCAACUUUCGGUAAACACGAAAACAGUUCGCUUUUAAAGCACGAGCUGAACUAGUAAUAAUUGCAAAUUACGGGAGCUGAGGUCACCUGAGGUGAGGUCUAAAUUUUCCAUUUAGUUUGUCUAGAAACGAGCGUGAAUUGAAAUUGAAUGUAACAGCUGUAAAUAGUAAACACCGAUCUUAUAUACACAACUAAAGAUCAAGUUUGCGGUGAACUUGCAUUAGGCACGAUUUGUAGCCCGCAGAACACCCGUUAUUUUUCCGAAUUUUUCAGCCGGGGGAGAGAAGGGAAGCGCUUGCCUUCUCCCGCAUGAAAAAUGCGAGAAAAAAUGGGCGUCGAUAAAACCCGGAACACGGAACAUUCCGGAACAUGCAAUAAAAAUAAUUUUCAUGAAAAAAUAUAUAAUAAUAAUAAUCAUAAAAUAAUUUUUGUAAAAACUAAUAAUAACAUAAAAUAACAAAAAACCGAAAAAGAAAGAAAAAAUAAAGAAAAAGAAACUCGUAUCAUCUCCGGGUACGAGAAAACAAUAUUUUGUCGCAAAUAAUUUGUGGGGCGAGGGUCCAUGCAAAUGACAAUAAUGAGUGAAGGUCUACUUCUAAAUUCAAAAUAUAUUCCAAUGGGUCGCGAAGAGGGGGAUUCACUUCAACCUUUCCACACUCAGCCACCCCAGCCUUGUGAUUGUUUGCCAUGCGGUUUAACGGUUAUCCAAUACGGCUUUGCGACCGUAAGCCGGUGAAGAGCUUAGGUGAAGAGCUUACUUUUAGUUUUUCAUGUUCCGGCAUGUUCCGGCAUGUUCCGGAAUGUUCCGUGUUCAGGGUUUUAUCAACGCCCGAGAAAAAUAACGCCUGUUCUCUAGGAUACACGAGCUAGAAUAUUUCAUUCGUAGUUUACCCUGAAAACGCUACGCAGAUGUAUUAAUUUUUAACAUGCAUUCAAUAUCGAGUUUGGGACACCUAUGAUGCAAAUCCCUUCGACUUCAUGCCAAAACCAAGAAUUUCAUAAUUUAAGUUAAACGCGAACUAAACACCCAUUGCGGCGAAAAUUAUUUUUAAACAGUUCAGCUAUGAAGUAAUCGGCAAUAAAGACAUGACUUCGGGCGUAAUUAUAAUCUUGAUUAUAGUUCUGAAUAUAUAACAGUUUUUGCUUUUCGGCUAAAGUAGCCAUUAUAAAAACUAAGAGUGCAACCAUUGCUUUUUUCUCUUCUCCUCCUUUCUUCUUCCUCCUCGUUCUUUCUUUUUCUCCUUUCCUUUUCCUUCGUUACUAUGAUUUUGGAUCUUAUCGGGCCCAAAAAACCUGCCUUUUGAGGCCUUUUCAAGCAUAUGACUGCAAAUUUCUUUAGGUUGGUUUUCAAAAAAUCGGCUAGAUAUAGAUAGGUCCUUUCCCCUAUAAUUCCCAGUAUCAGGACCAACUCCCUCCCUUCCACUCAGUACAUGUACCACCACUAGAUCCCUAGCGGAAUGGAUGGAUAAUAGGGAGCUUGAGAAAUCAAGACGACAGCGACAGCGUCAAAAAACAAUUGGUUUUUAUGAACAAAACAACAGCUCUGCACGUGCAUCACGUUUUUUAGUACAUUUUUUGACGUCCACUGCACGACUACGACCUAAAACCAUCUAAUGCGACUUUUUAUACUGGACGUAAACAUACGACGACGAAUUUUCCUUUCUCUUUUUGAACCUGCUGGAUAAAGUCCUUUAAGCAGUUCAACUCCGGUGAAAAUCACAUACAUUUGACAAUGUGGAAUGAUCCAAAUAGAUGCGAUAAAAUUUGAAAGAACGCAAAUUCGUUUUUUGGCGACGUGUUUACUGCCGUCGUCGUCGUCGUUGUUUUAGUUCAAUAAUAUUGUCUGCGCAUGCCCAAGAUAAACCAAUCACGGGAGUCUGCUCUUGUGUAUUUACAGGCGUCUCAAGCAUGGCCUACAGUGGUGAAGUCUUAAGGUACAACAGUUAUGGUGGGAAAUAUGAAGUUCCAAGGAAACUUGUAUCCUCCCUCGACGAACUUGAAAGCGGAGAUCAUAUCGCCUUUCAUCGGACUGGUGGUCGUUACUGGCAUCACGCUAUAGUAGAAGAUGUUAACAAAAGAAGAAGCGAAUUUUGUCUUAUCGAGUAUUCUAACGAUGCUUCAGGGUUUUUGAUGGAUAACUUCUGCUCUCCGAGGAAUCCAGGAAUAGCUAAGGUGGUGAGAAAAACUUAUCGAUUCAGCAAAGGUACCAUGGUAUACCUGAUGCUACACGAAUGUUGCCAUCCGGCUGAUACUGUCGUAGAGAAUGCGCGAAGUAAGAUUGGGGAAAAUAAGUACAGCCCUUUUACCAAUAACUGCGAACACUUUGCCAUGUGGUGUAAAACAGGAACAUCAUCUUCCGACCAAGUUAACAAGGCUGCUCAAAUGGUCGGUAAAGACAUCGGGCAAGAGGUUGCAGGCAGAGCAGCUCGAGCAACGGCAGAACACGUCGGACGAACUGUUUCAAAUGUUGUAACCCGUGCUGCAAACGAAAUUCCGAUUGCAUAUAAUCAUGUAACUGAAGGAAUUGUAGGAGCAGCUGCAAAUCUUCAGAAAGCUGGUGGUGAGUUACUCGCAAACAUGCCACCGCUGCGUCUUCCUUCAGGAGGUGAAAUGGCUGCAAAUCUUCCGACAAUGAAAAUUGGGAGCAGAAUUGUAGGAGCAGCUACAAAUCUUCAGAAAGCUGGUGGUGCGUUAUUCGCAAAAAUGCCACCGCUGCGUCUGCCCACAGGAGGUGGACUACCGCCACUUUUGUCCUCAGGAGCUGGAAGGGCUGCAAAACUUAUAUCCCGAGGUGGACAAGCGAUCACGAGAACUGGGAUUGGAGGAGUUCUUGCUGCAGGAGUACUUCCAGCGAUUGUUGAGGGUAUGUCAGUGAAUAAUGAUCUUAAAAAUCUACGAAGAGAUCGGGAUGAAGACAGAAUAGACGGAAAAGAAUAUGACAAAACUGUUACGAAACGAAUUGUGACUGGCGCAGGUUACAUAACGGGAGCUACUGCAGGAACCCUUAUCGGGCAAGCGCUCAUUCCUGUUCCAGUUGUGGGAGCCGCUGUAGGAGGCGUGGUUGGUGGCAUAGCAGGACGAUAUUUUGGAAAUAUUGGGGGAAGUCUAGCUUUCGACAAAAAAGAUGGUGAUGGUGCUAAUUAUGCAGAGAACAGUAAAGAGGACAGCGAAGAAGACCUUGGAGGUGGUGGCCAGUAUUACUGCGAUGGUGGUCCUGACUACGUCGAGGAGAGUGAUGAGGACAAUGAAGACGUCCUUGGAGAUGCUGGUUAUUACAGUCUCUGUGGUAGGGCUGAUUAUGCCGACAACGAUGACGUCGAAGACGAAGAGGACAACUUCCCUUAAAAAGAUGGUGGUGCUGACGACUACGUCGGGGAGAGUGACGAAGACGACGAAGAGGGCCUUGGAGGUGGUGGUUAUUACAGUCACUUUAGUAGGGCUGAUUAUGCCGACAGCAAUUACGUCGAAGACAACGAAGACGAAGAAGUGUUGCUUUUUACUACUGAUUCUGCCGAUGAUCAUGAGAGUGACAAAGACAGCGAAGACGACCUUGGUAAGUCGGCUGUGCAUGCAUCUUCCUGUGCGAAGAAAAGCGGUUGCACAAAACGGUUGGCGACACACA